GCAUGUUGGAGGUUGUUGUUUAGCUUACGGUCGGAGGGGUCGCUGCAGGGACAGAACGUUUCUGUUUUCAACUUCCGCCCGAGGGUUCAAGCUUCCACCGGAAGUGUGCUUGUUCUCUUUUACCAGGGCCGAUCCAACAUGGGACGAGUCAGGACCAAGACGGUGAAAAAGGCUGCCAGGGUCAUCAUCGAAAAAUACUACACCCGGCUGGGAAAUGACUUCCACACCAACAAGAGGGUGUGCGAAGAGAUAGCCAUCAUCCCCAGCAAGAAGCUCCGCAACAAGAUCGCUGGGUAUGUAACACAUCUGAUGAAGAGGAUUCAGAGGGGUCCAGUCAGAGGAAUCUCCAUCAAACUGCAGGAGGAAGAGAGAGAGAGGAGGGACAACUAUGUACCAGAGGUGUCUGCUUUGGACCAGGAGCUGAUUGAAGUUGAUCCCGACACCAAGGAGAUGCUGAAACUGCUGGACUUUGGCAGCCUGUCCAACCUGCAGGUCACCCAACCUACUGUCGGCAUGAACUUCAAGCAGCCCCGAGGAGUCUAAGCUCUGUACAGUAUCUUCCCAAUAAAAUCCAUUUGGGACAAAGA